UUUGUGGAGGCCGUCCAAAACCGCCUUUUGAGAUGGUGAAACCAGCAUUCCCAACCCUUCGUAACCUUCUUACUUCAAAUGUUGAUGAAGAGGUGCUGAAAAAUGCAUGCUGGGCACUUUAUUACCUUUCUGCUGGUGCAGAUCUGACCUCCAAUGGGUAUUGUACUAGAUUAACAUUCAUUCCUCAUCCUGUUGUGAGCGAUAGUGAUAUGAUUAAGGCCUUCUGUCAAGCUGAUGUUCUUCCGGUGCUACUUGAUCUCUUCAAAGAUGACUUACGUUCCGUAAUCCACCCUGCCAUCAAUACAGUUACAUGUAUUAGCGUGCUGGGAGACGAGCACCAGAAAGAGAUGCUGAUCGAUACCCGGAGCAUUGCUAAACGUAACGUCCUUGAUUGCCUGUUGGGCUUGCUAAAGAGUGGAAUAGAGGAGGAGAUGGUCUGCAUGUUUAUAGCUUACGUUACUAUUGGGAGCACGCAGCGGGCAAAGGUACAUAUCCUUGACCUUAAGCAUGUAAGGAUUGAUUCAUGAAGUGUUUCUUUGUUGAGGAAAAAUGAAGAUUAUGUUCUCUGUUAUUAGAUGUUCUCAUUUUUAGUUUCUCUACCAGUUUGUCUUGUCGAUUUUAUCUCAGCAUGUUUAGAGUGAGAUUGUGCUUUGAAUCAUGAGUUUUACAUUGAAACUGUAAUGGGAUAUCAUGUAGCAUUUACUGAUUUUCACAUAUUUAAUUCUUAGGCUCUGUUGUUGCUAAAAGUGUCCGCUAAAUUUAAGACCCAUGAAUAUGUCCUUAAGUUCAGAUUACUUGAAUGU